UUGAUGUUAGUGUCUGGUGAAAUGUACAGUCUCACAAAGCAGCCAGUGCGGCUGCUGACUGUUUGUUUUGUUUCGGUGCCGCCAACUCAUUUCUGAGUUGGCACAACAAAUUUCACCACUGAUAAUUAAAGAGGCAAAGCGUCAUUUUCAUACAGUGCCUUAGGAAGCAAAUUAACAUGACAACCAGCCAAUUGCAUGCUGCUGUGUUUGCCUUGGCCUUAGCUAUCAUUACUUCUAGUGAAGUUGUUGAUGCAUAUAAAUACAAAUCAAACUGAUGAUGAUUCAAAAACCUGUUGUACAAUUCAAGUACUCAUUGUGCAAAUACAGUUAUCACAUGAGUGGAUCUCUGCAAGCAACUGGGAGUAGGUUAUGCUACCAUUCACUAUACUCUACAGUCAAUAUUGGCCUUCAAAGGAGGUUACACAUUUAAUCUACCUAUGAACAAAUUCAGGUUGCUCCAGCAGAUAGUCUCAGUCUGAUGGAGCAGACUUGAAUUUUAUGCUUUAUAAUCACAGGCACUUGACACAAUAAACGUUUAAGUGAGGCUGAAAAUGACAGAGGUAAAGCCCGCUGAGCUCAUCGUCUUCUGUUUCAUGCUUCUUCACGGUUUUGUAGCAGCAUUGAACUGCACCAGCCCCACUCCUGAAUCCUUGUUUAAUGGCCUUGAGAAGGAAUUAUUCUCUAAACAUCUGCUUCGCCCUGUAAAAAGCUUUUUGAAUCCAGUUAACAUAUCCAUCGCUAUCACUGUGGUGGGAAUUGUAGGAGUGGACGCAAAGACCCAAACCCUGACAACAGUCUUAUGGCAAGUCCUGGAAUGGGAUAUAGAGGGACUGAGCUGGGAUGAAGAGGAAUGUGAAACUAAAAGAGUCUCUGUACCUCGGGAAAAGCUUUGGGUCCCAGACGUCCACGUCGCAGAGUUCAUGGAUGAGGACAAUUCUCCGAAAACUCCCUUUGUCUACUUAUACAACACAGGUCGUGUUUUUGAUGAUAAACCAAUCAGAGUGGUCAGUUCCUGCAGAUUAGAAAUCUAUACUUUCCCCUUUGAUAUCCAAAACUGCUCUCUGACCUUUGGAUCAUACCUCCACUUUGCUUCGGAUGUAAGGAUGGUUCAAGGGGCCACAGCUGAAGAGAUCCUGCAGGAGUCCAGAGAAGUGCUGAAGACCAAUGGAGAGUGGGAGCUGGCAGACAUCAUUAUAGCUAAUGUUGCCCUGGCGUUAAGUGAGGGAGAAUAUUCUGAAAUCCAAUACUCUAUCAUUUUAAGACGUCGGCCACUCCUCUAUGUGGUGAACCUGCUGAUCCCUAGCUGCUUCCUCAUCACAUUGGACCUCUUCAGCUUCCUGCUGCCUCCGCAAAGUGUGGACCGAUCCUCCUUCAAGAUGACCCUCAUCCUGGGCUACACUGUCUUCCUGCUCAUCAUGAACGACCUGCUGCCUAUCACUGGGGAGACAACACCUAUCAUCAAUGUGUUCUUCUGCAUCAGUCUCGCUCUGAUGGUGGCCAGCCUGUUGGAGACAGUGUUCAUCACUAACAUCCAGUUCAGCUCCGGCCAGUACAGCGCAGUGCCUCAGUGGCUCAGCAUCCUCGUGUUACAAUAUCUGGCUGUUGUCGUUUGCAUCCCUCCAAAGAAAAAAAGCAACCGAACUACAGUCUUCUUCAACCCAUCUACUAGAGACCCAGCAAUCCACACAAACAACAGCAACAUCUCAGUAAUUGAUCCUCAGGGCAUGUCCGAUGAUAUACCUCUAGUGAAACCCCACCUGGCCCUCUCGGCUCCUCCGGAGCCGGCCCUGGAAGAGCUGAAGAAGCUGAGCAGAGAUCUCGUGGCCAUCCGUCUCCAGGUGGACAAACACUUCCAGGGGAGCAACACCUCGCAGGAAUGGCACAUGAUCGGGAUAGUAGUUGACCGCCUGCUGUUCUGCCUGUACAUUAUUUUCAUCUCUGUCAGCUUCAUCACCAUCAUCGCUAUCUGGAUCUGGAACAACUCGUAUGCUACAUGAUUAAUCAGCAGGUUACAUGUACAAGGAGCUCACAUGCUGUGGGCUAGAGUGGUACUUAGCUGGUUAACUCAAGGCCAAAGUUUGGUAGACUUAUAUUUGUUUUUUGUUUUUAAGAUUAUGUGAAGCAGUGGUUUGUACCAAAAUUCUGAAAAAGAAACUCAAAGGUUUUAUUAUAUUAUAUAUAUAUAUAUUCAUGCUGCAUUUCACUUAGAUUCCCUUUGCAUCAACAACUUCCACAAAGUGGCAAAAGCUGCCGAAUCUAGUGUCCAACCCGCUCUUGUAGACUUGAGCAGUUAGUGUCUCACGUAUGAAAUAUGCCAACAUACAGUGCACUUCACCCAUGCACACGUCUCUUAAUAUUGCUUCAAAGCAGAAGAUUAUCCCACAAUUCACCUGCAUCACACCAGUCCAGUUGUUGGGGGUAAUCCACCAUUACACUGGUUUUAGUUUAGCUGUGAGACUAAGAAUUAUCACAAAUUUGACGUCAGUGUAUAUAUAAAUAAUGAAGGAGAAUCUCUAUGGUUAAUCCUGUAUACUUGCUCCCUUUGUGGAAAUUAAGUAAAACCAACAAAACAUCUGAGCUUGAUAAAGACGUGUUUGUAUUAACGAGAGCCACAGGAUGUCCUCAUUAAUCAUGUGCCUCCCAGUGAGCUCUGACAAGGUGUGGGUAACUGGCAUGGAGCCCUGGUCUGAUGGCGAGUACACAACUGCCAUAAGAGUAGCAGGUAUAUGGUCAUUAAUGAUGCACUCCCAAAUUUCAUGUCAAUCUAUCCAAUAAAUGUCAAGACAUUUAAUUUUACUCGAAACCACAAAUGUCAAUGUGAUGGUGUGAGAGGAAAAGUAAAGAGAUCACCGAAGUCACUGGGAUUUAUCCACUGGGGACCGUGAAUGUCUGAACAAAAUGUCACGGCAAUCCCUCCAAUAGUUUGUUGAUAUUUAACAACUGAUAAAAAGCAAAAUGAGUAAUGCUAAUGAAGAGGCGUGUUUAUCAUUUAGUAACAUUUGUGGUUUUAAAUUUUGAUGAUACAAUCAACCCCUCUGAUUUGUUUUUAAUGUCAUAUUUUCAUUUUAAACAGCUAGGUUUUAUACCAAGUGUAAUUAUUUAAACAAUGAAUAAACAGUGAACCAGUGAAGCAGAAGAGUCCAAUGUUGCUAACCACUGUGAAGCGGUAAAGAUAAAUCCUCUUUUUAAAAAGCCAAUCAACAUCCUCAGGGGAAAAUAAAAACCUCAGCCUGUAAUGCUUAACUGUGUUUUACACUCUAAAUAAAAUUUGAUUUAAUUUAAUGUAUUUAUAAUUACACCAACAAACUUAAUAGUUUUAAUGGAGGAAGUAAAUCCACAUUUGUUUCCAGUCUGUGUCCAUGUACAACACUAAAUCAAGGGGAAAGUUUCAAUUAAUUUCAAGAAAUCUUAUAAAAUUUUAUACAUUUAUCUGUCUAUGAACUUUAUGACUAUAUUUUGGUUACAAAGCUACAAUGUUAAAACCACUUUUACUCUUUUUAAAAAAAUGUCUAAACUUAUUACUGUAUACUGUCGGAUACUCUUUAUUGUAUUCAGUUUACUACAAACCCCAAAUCCAGAUCAUUAUCUACAAAGUAUAGAUUUCAUUUUCAACAGGCUACAGGCAAUAAUCAUUUUUUUAUGACACCAGUAGAAAGAUUUCCCAGAUCCUCCAGAUGCUCUCAGGCCACAGUUUACAUUAUGUUAUUGAGGUUGAAGUUCUGCUGAACUGACUGAUGUCAGAUUGUAUCCACAAGAUGGAGCUAUUGGUCAAUUGUUGAAGGUUUUAGACACAGUAAAGUGAACUGUGGGCUGUUAAAUAGUUAAAACUGUAUUUCAAAAAGAAUAGUCCAGAGAAGUGAUUUUUACACAUUAAUGCAUGAAUCAUUAUAAUUUAAUAUUGUGCUGAAAUGGUCCAGUCUACAUAAUGAGUUUUAUAUAAAUACAUUUUGAUGCUUCUGCUCUUCUAAAGGUUUAUGUACAAAAUACAAAGAAGGCCCAAAUCUGUCUUUUUCCUGUGUUCAGCAUGCUUUGACAACAAAUAACGUCAGUGCUGCCUCACCGUUUUCUGAUUGUAGCACACAUUGCAUGUUUAUGAUUUUGGGUGAUUCUGAAGUUUUUUUUCUACAAAUCUUGUUGAAAGUUCAGGGAGUAUUUGAUCAGGUUUUAUCUGUAGUGUGGAUUUAAGUACUAAGUAGUGUUACUCUCUUGAGAGAAAGAACUUCAAAUGUAGGUUUAAAAGAACGUCUUUUUCACUCAGCUUUAGUUUAGAGCUGAACUUAUCAAUCAAGUUUU